UUUUGUUGUGGCAUUAAAUUGUGAUUUUUGAAACUGUGUGUGAUUGCAAAAGAACGAAAACAAAAGACAAGAAAGUUCCUUAAGCAAGUGAUAAAAUUUUUAUAAAACGCAAAACAAAAUUUAUAAACAAAUUAAUUAAACUCGUUAAACAAUUGGGAGCUGAAGCAAGUGCAGCGAGCGAUCGGAAACGGAAAUCAAAAAUCUAAAGGCGAUUCUAAUAAGAUUAGCAUGCAAAAUGAUCUUUACAAGCUACUGUUCAUUGCUAGUUGCCACACUGCUGUGCGUGGCAUGCAGCAUUGUCUUUGUUGCUGCCGUACCGAUCACGGUGCCCUCAUAUGGUAUGGAAAAUAAAAAAGUCUGCUCCACCAAGCUACACGACACAAUUGACAAAGUCUGUGGCGGUCGCACGCUAUCCCUGGACGAUCUAUAUCCCAACAGCUUUGGCUUACGCAACAAGCGUUCGACGAUGCCCGAUGAUGGAUAUUUACGAUUGCAGAAUGGCGCUAUACACAGGUGUUGCCAUAAUAUCUGUAGUUAUCGAGAUCUUUUAGAGUUCUGUGCGACCGAUUGAACUAUUGAGAAUCUGCUUUCAAUCAACCAUAUAGCAUAUACACAUAUAUAUAGCACCUAUGCAUUAAGUAUACGCCCCAACAGCCAAACACUUUCCUAGCAAUUGCACAACUCUAAACACUAAAACACACACACACACACACACACCCAUACACUAAGUAUAUUGUACUAUUUUAAGCUAUGCACUAAUAAACAUUUCAUAUUAUUAUUAUAUGAC